UACCUCAAGAGAGGGGUGAUUAUUUGUAAUCGAGUCACCUGACGGUCACAAGACUCUUAAUCAACUUCUAGUUUAUAUAAAUAGAUAAGAAAUACUCGGCUUUUGUUUGCUUCAGAAAGACAAAGGAUGAAGUCGUCAAUUCUGUUCCUUUUUGUUUGUCUAACGCUAAGCACUUGCGAGAAUUUAGUCCGAAUUCCGCUUUAUCGAUUUAAAUCGGUCCGACGUCAUCUUCACGAAGUUGGUACACCAAUCAAAAUCGUCAAAAAUGAGCGUUAUUUCGGCGUAAAUGGGCCCUUUCCCGAACCUCUGUCCAACUAUUUAGAUGCCCAGUAUUAUGGACCCAUUACAAUUGGCACUCCGCCUCAGAAUUUUAAGGUUGUUUUCGACACCGGUUCGUCGAAUUUAUGGGUCCCCUCUAAGCAGUGUAAAUGGACCAACAUUGCUUGUUUGAUCCACAAUAAGUACGACCAUACAAAGUCCUCGACCUAUCAGAAGAAUGGAACCUCGUUUAAAAUUCGCUAUGGGAGCGGUAGCAUGACCGGUUUCUUGAGCACGGACACUGUGGCCAUCGACCAGAUACCGGUCAAGCACCAGACCUUUGCCGAAGCCGUGACGGAGCCGGGAUUGACCUUUAUCGCUGCCAAGUUCGAUGGUAUACUUGGUCUGGGUUUUGACAACAUUGCCGUCGACGGAGUGACUCCGGUGUUUACCAACAUGGUGAGGCAAAAGUUGGUAGACAGACCCGUUUUUAGUUUCUACCUCAACAGGAAUCCCGAUGCCAGCAUCGGAGGGGAAAUUAUCUUUGGCGGAAGUGAUCCCAAACAUUACAAAGGUAACUUUACUUAUGUUCCUGUCACAAGAAAAGGAUAUUGGCAGUUUAAGAUGGAUGGAGUAUCUGUCGGCUCUAGUAACGGAAAGUACUGCGUCGGCGGUUGUCAAGCCAUUGCUGACACUGGUACCUCGUUGAUUGCCGGUCCCACCGAUGAAAUUACAAAGCUUAAUAAGGAAAUAGGAGCUACGCCCCUGGCGGCUGGCGAAUACAUGAUCGAUUGCGAUUUGAUUCCUAAAUUACCCGUCGUAAAUUUUGUUUUGGGUGGAAGGAGCUAUCCUCUUCAAGGAUCUGACUACACGAUGAAGAUAUCUCAAUUUGGACAGACUGUCUGCAUCAGUGGAUUUAUGGGCCUGGAUGUUCCUAAACCUAUGGGACCUUUGUGGAUUCUCGGCGAUGUUUUCAUCGGGCGUUACUACACCGAAUUCGAUUACGGCAAUGCUCAAAUAGGAUUAGCCGAGACGGUAUAAAAUAAAUUUCAUCUUUUGUUUUACGGUUACAAUUGCUUAAUCUUUUUGUAAUUGUAAAAUAUUUGCUAAUUAUUAAAACAUGUAGCUUAAUUGUAUAAGUGAUAAAACCUUUGGAAUGUAAUUUAUUAUUAUAAACAAUCUAGUUUGUAUAUCUGACAACACCACUACUAGACGUUGGACUCCGAACUUAUUCUACUUUGGACUGUUUUUUUUUUUAAAUUCACAAGUUGAGAUAAUUGUUUGU